AUGUGUCACAAGAAGACUGAACUAUGCGUGGCCUGCGGGUUUGACGCAGCCGCCAAGAUCACCAAGUGCAAGGACGCCCCCGAGGACAUCCACAAAUGCAAGAAUUUCAAGGAGGAGCCCGUCGAGGGAAACAAUCAUUGCAAUGCUUGCGCCGAUGACGUUCCCGGCGGGAUACCACCCUGUGCCCGGUUCUAA